AUGAUCUCCAAGGAAAUUGACGCAUCUGAGAUCGCCAUCCAGUGGAUCACCAGUUUCAACAAGGCCGCGGAGGAUGGCGACCUCAAUGCGUUUGUCAACCAUUUCCUCUCAAACGGGUGGCUUCGCGACGUCCUCUGCUUUGCCUGGGACUUCCGCUCCGUCGACGGACAUGCCAACCUCACUUCCUUCCUCUCCGAGUCCCUCGGUUCCAGCGCCGGCACGCGCUUCUCUACCGUCGGCAUGUGUGACAUCGCACUCGACACGGAUAGCACAUUAGGUAGCCCUUCGACGUUCCCCGUACCCGGCACGGACAUCGUCGGGGUCCAGGGAGCGUUUCGCUUUGCGCUGCGAGAGCCCGCAGCGCGAGGGAGGGGUUUCUUCAGGCUGAUGCCGUCGCAGGAGGGAUACAAGGCGCUCGUGGUGUACACUGCGAUGCAUGAACUGGUGGGCCACGAGGAGUCGAUAGAGAGACCGCGGGGAAUUCCGCUGGAUGCGACGAAGAUGACGACGUGGGAAGAGGGCAGGGAGAAAGAGGUCGAGGCCAUUGAGAGUGAUCCUACCGUCCUUGUCGUUGGCGGUGGCCAGUGUGGGCUGAUGGUCGCAGCGCGGUUCCGUCGCAUGGGCAUUCGCGCGUUAGUCAUCGAGAAGACGCCUCGCGUUGGUGAUGUCUGGCGUAACCGAUACCCUACUCUCACUCUCCAUCUUGCGGCCCACUUCAGCUCCUUCCUUUACCAAUCCUACCCCACGAAUUUCCCUAAGUACAUCGGCCGCACGAAACUUGCAGACUUCAUGGAGUCCUAUGCCAUCCAGCAGGAACUCACAGUUUGGACGUCCUCGACCCUUUCAUCCGUCCCCGCGCCGGUGUUCGACGAGGCGGCAAAACGAUGGACCAUUGUUGUUAACCAUGCGGGCAAUGAGGUGACGCUUAACCCAAAGCACCUCAUCAUUGCGACGGGCAUCGGUGCACCGUACGUCCCGCAAAUCCCAGGCCAAAACAAAUUCAAAGGCGAUGUAUACCAUUCCGACCUGCACCCCGGUGCUGCAAAAUACACUGGGAAGAAGGUAGUCGUGAUUGGCGCUGGAAACGCAUCUGCGGACAUAUGCCAGGACUUUGUCUCCAAGGGCGCAGCAUAUACGACGUUCGUGCAGCGCAGCGCAACAUGCGUUGGCUCUCUCAAGUGGAGUGAGACGGUCUUUGGCCCGGCUUACCCGGAGAACCGCGACCUUGAAGACGCGGACCUGAUGAUGAACUCGAUGCCGCCGCGGCUAUUGCUGCAGGUCGGGGAGCAAAAUCUUGAGGAGUCCAAAAAGGCAGACGCGGCGUUGCACAGGGCACUUGAGGAGAAGGGCAUGAAGCUCACAUGGGAAUACAAGGGUGUCAAGGCGGGCGGGGUUAUCUUUCAGUACGAAAAGCUGGCAGGGAGUACGAUGCUCGACACGGGCAUCGGCCAGCUCAUCAUCGACGGGCAUGUAAAGGUGAAGCAGGGCACUGAACCCUCUCACUUCGAAGAGAACGCCAUCGUGUUCAACGACGGCUCCAAGCUCGAGGCAGAUGCUGUCGUCCUUGCCACCGGAUACUACCCUAUCACCACAGGCAUCGAAUCGCUCCUAGGCUCCGACAUUGCGGCCAAUGUUGGCCCUAUUUGGGGGCUGGACAGCGUCGGCGAGCUCCGCCGCACGUGGCGCCCCUCUGGACAGCAAGGCUUGUGGAUCUUCCUGGGCGGGUUCAUGCAGGCGCGGUAUCACAGUCGCCAUGUCGCGCUGCAGAUUCUUGCGGAGGAGCUGGGAAUUAAGGGCGUUACGGAGGCUGUUCCUGGUAAUACCACGAGCUCUACGGCGGUAACAUCACAUUCAGCCAGCGAGUUGCUCGAGUAUGCAAAGCUCCCUUGA